GUAGUUUUCAGUCAACUAAAGCGAGUUUGGGAAAAAGUUUACAUUAGCCGGUUUCAAUCCAAAAUGUGCAGGCUAUGAAUUGGCCGGUCAAAUAGGUGGGUGUGUCCUGGCGUUUUCAGAACUUUAUCUCCUUUUCGCGGUGACGAACUUCCAAAACGCUUAUAAAUACGCAAACUGUAUCGGUUUUAUUAGUGGAUUUUAGCUUUCCUGACAAACAGAGACUAGUCUCAUCUCACGAAUACGCUACGGUGAAAAUAUUACGCUGCUCUUCAAGGAAAGUGGUCUUGGGCUUCUCUCCUCCGUCUAUAACGAUGUUUGCCAAGGUAACGCGUCACCUGGUGAGUGAGACGGACCCCGAUGGCUCUCUGCUGGCCGUCACCCGUCUCACAGACUCGGACAAGCUGCGGCCGCUGGGUGUGGUGUUGAAAAGUCCAAAGAAAUGGCCAUGGCAACGGCCCAAGUACAGACCCACCGACUUCACCCUCACACAAAUCACACAAGGGAGAAAAACUCUUCGGCCAGUGUUGAAAAAGUCAGACUUCUUGGAGUACGAGAGCACGCGCACUGGGACCAUGGGCGGCUCUCUGAGUGCUGAAGUUGGAGGGCUCCGUGUUAACGCAGAGGGACAGGGAUCUUCAAAGCUUCACUCCUCACUUGGAAAACUCCACAAAGAGGUGGUUAAUGUCGACAAACUAAUGAAUGACUCCAAAGACAGGUUGGUGGACAUGCAACAUCCUCUAGUGCAGCAGUCAGUGAGUAAGGGGAAGGUGAUAAGUGUCCUGAAGGAGCGCAUCUUCACCUCUGAAUCCUGCUCUGUCAGGUACCAUGGACUUGGAGCUGGUAGCUGUGGAGCCCUGUUGGCUAUACUGAAGACUGUCCCCCUGAAGUGUGGGGGUUUGAAGGUGAGUGUGAAUGAGGAUUCCACUAUGCAGAUGGACAGUGAGAUUUCAAUGGAGAUCCCUUCACGCACAGUCCUAGCCUACAGUGUCACUGAGCUCAGAAUCAAGAGGAACGGCCAAUAUGAGCUUUGUUUACAGGCUGAUGUUAAGGGCGGGUUUGAUGGGGAUGUUGGGAAGACCGAGGAUGGCAGUGGUCUUUGUGAGGUGGAUGGGCCCCUGGAGGAGAUGAAAGAGUUUCUAAGCCUACAGGACACAUUUGUAGAGCUGGCAAAUCUAAAAGAAGACCUGGGCAUACUCUCUGAUCUGGACGCUGUGACUCGCUCCUCCCUCUUCUCCCUGUUGGGUCCCUCGAUCCUGGACAAAGACUUCCUGAGUGUCCUGGAGGAUUGGUUAGAUGCCAGGUGUUCAGGUGAGGUUGCUGACAUAUCUGAGUGUCAGGACCAAAGAGUCCAGGCCAUCCUGAACCUGCUGUGGCCUGCGGCCGGUCAGGAUACAGCUCAUCAUCAUCGAGUCUCAAGUCACAAUGGCAAACAUGCAACUCUACCAAACCAAGAGACUGGAUCCAGCUCCUCCUUAACCAAUCAGUCCUCGACAGCUGCAGAGAAACAAGUUGAUGGGCCGCUUGUAGGCCAUGCACUACACUUGCUGGUCAGCGCUUUACUGGAGCUGACUAUUGACUGCUUGGAUCUGAUGAAGUCUUGCUGCUCUGCAGGUUUGCUGCCAUCUAUCAGCCAACUAAUGGAUGCUCUGAUGAAGUCUCAUCAGUCCUGCCCUUUGGACGCCGUGCCCCCGCUCCUGCAGCGUGACGAGGCUCUCCGCAGGGUGGAGGCCCUCUUCCUCUCCGCCCGUCUCCAGCUGCACAGACAGGCGGAUGAGCUGCUGGUGGAGCUGAAGGAGGCUCCCGGGUUCAGGCCCCUCACCCUGUGCAUUGCUCUCCAUGGCCUGGCCAGUCUGAUGUCUGAGUAGAAUAGAAUAGAAUAGAAUAGAAUAUAUACUUUUUUGAUCCCGUGAGGGAAAUUCAGU